UGUUCCAACUCAUCUUUCUUUCUUCCUCUUUGUUUUCCUAGCGUUGUAAGUCCGCUGGAGAUUGACAUGAUGGUAAUAUAUAGUCAAGGUUGUUACCAAUUAAGGUGAUGGUCAUAAAAAAAAGCUAAUAAAAUCUAAGGCAUAAAUUUUCAUACCUAGGACAAGCUCUUCACAGAACAGAAGUCAUACUGUUGUGGAUUGCCUUAAUGGCUACAUUACAUUUGUCAAUGGGCGAGCAUGUAUCUAAAUAUUGGUAUCUUUAAGGUCUCUUCCCAUUAACCCACGUUCAUAGGGAAUGGAAUGACGUGGAACCUUGAUGCUUUAUGCUUAUGAUGUGUAAUAACUUGAUGCUUCCAUCAUCGAAUUGACUUUAAACCUUUCAUUUAGAUUAACACUCAUUGUAUUUCUGCUUCAAUUUCAGGGUUACUAGUUCCAAUUUCAGUUUCAGGCCACAGUUACAGUAACCGUAUAUUGGCGAUGGAGCUCAAUUAUGAUGCAUCACAACAAAAGAUAGAAUUUGAUGUUAUGCAUCCGAGGUUGAAUGCCGAUCAACAUGCAUCAUUUUUGGCAAUAUUGCAAUCUGUCGAUUCAGACCAAGGAAAAUGUUUCUUUGUUGAUGGAUAUGGAGGGACCGGGAAGACUUUCCUAUGGCAGGUUCUUUGCUUGAAAUUGCGAUCUCAAAAACGGAUAGUGUUGUGCGUUGCAUCCUCCGGAACCGCAGCCUUGCUAAUGACCGGAGGGAGAACAACUCUUUCCCAUUUUUAUAUACCUAUUGACUGUGAAUCUACCUCCACGUGUCACAUUGAUCAAGGUAGUGAAUUAGCUGAACUUCUCCUGCAAACUUCUUUGAUUAUUUGGGAUGAAGCUUGCAUGUCCCAUAAACAUAAUAUUGAGGCUGUGGACAGGAAGCAUCACCACAGUAAAGAUAGAACCUUUGGAGGUUUAACUAUUGUAUUUGGUGGAGACUUUCGCCAAACAUUGCCCGUUGUUUCGAAAGGAACACGAAAUCAGAUUCUAAAUGGUUCCAUUAAGAAAUCUUACAUCUGGGAACACAUAACGGUGUUGAAAUUGACGCAAAACAUGAGAUGUUUUGCUCUAUGGGAACGUCUGUAUAUGAAUCUGAGGAGAUUUCUGCCUUUAGCUCUUGGAUUCUACAUAUCAGAGAUGGCAUCGGUUUGAAUGUGUUUGGUGAAUCAAAAAUUAGAAUUCCAACAGAUCUGUGCAUUCAGCCUAGAGAUACUCCUAUUUCUGAUGUUGUCAACUCAACCUAUUCUGACCUAUCAACAUGUUAUGCCGAUUACAAGUACUUGGUUGAACGAGCCAUAUUGGCCCCGCAUCAUGAAGCAGUAUCAGCAAUCAAUUCUCAUGUUGUGCUGCAGUUUCCUAGUGAGUCUAGAUGUUAUCUUAGCAGCGACUCCAUUGAAGUUGAUCCCGGACAGCCAAAUAUUAUGGAGAGUGAUUAUUCGAUAGAGUUUUUGAACUCUUUGAGGGUAGGCAAUUUCCCUGAUCAUGAUUUGAAGCUGAAGAUUGGAUGUCCGGUUAUUCUUCUCGGGAAUUUGGAUCAAAGUAUUGGUUUGGUUAAUGGAACUAGGUUGGUUGUCACAAAAUUGGGGACAUGGUUUAUUGAGGUUGAAAUUCUUACUGGUACCAACAUUGGUGAGCGUGUAUUCUUACCUAGGCUGAAGUUGUCGGAACGGUUCAAGAGCCUCCACUUUACUUUGGUUCGUCGCCAGUAUCCUAUUGCUCUAUCAUUUGCAAUGACAAUCAACAAAAGCCAAGGUCAAAUUCUAAACCAUGUAGGUCUGUACUUGCAUAAAUAGGUAUUUUGUCAUGGGCAGUUGUACAUAGCAUUGUCACGUGUUACGCGAAAGGCAGGAAUUCAAAUCUAUAGCUGCAACACUGAUGGAGACCAUGUAUUGACUAUGCAAAAUGUUGUCUACAGAGAGAUUUUAGAAUGAUAAAAGUAAUUACUUUUUGGAACAAUUUUUGUACCCCUGCUGUACUGUUGAAGUAUAUAUUUCAUUUACUCCGUUCUUUGGUUUGUUAUACAGUCGGUUCAUAAUAUAUCCACAACGAACAUUGUAAUUUUUGUCUCAUUGCGUCAUCGGUAAUGUGAAAAAUAUAACUCUUGGAUAUGUAGUACAUUGUCUAUAGUCCAUUCUAAUGCAAAUGAAUGAAGUAGGUCAUGGGAAUAAUGUGUGAUUUCUUUCUUAUCCAUAUAUAUUGUAUCUGAAGAAUGUGUAUACGAAGCAGCUUGCAAGACGAUAUCGUCUGUUCAAGCCUGAAUUUACAACUACAUGCUAACUAUCUAAGCACUCCAUGCACGACUUUGAGUUUCUAUGUGGCUAUAAACAUGACAGAAGUUAUUGGUUACACAAUUCACGUUUACCUGCUAAUUCCUACUUGCCUCUUUGCCUACCAUAUCUACUGGAACUCUGUUGCAUAUGAAAUCUGAACUGGCGAAUUGCCCAAUAGUCGGAAGUCCAUAAACUGGUCCACGAACAUGUAUUGCAUCGUCAUCUAAUAUUUGUAGCACAUUUGAAUACAAUGGAUGGUCUUGUGGCCCAUUAGCAGGACAAAUUCAGGGGGUUCCUAAUAUCAUGCGUCUCUAGCAGCGCCCUUCUUGGCAGCCUCAGGAGCUGCCUUCUCUGCUUCAAUCUAAGCCAUGAUAGCAUCAAUUUCAGCCUCUUCAAUUAUUCGUAUCCCCUGGUCUUUUGUCAUUACUACGACUUCAAUAUUCAUUCAACCACUCUCCACAACCUACACAAAGAAAUGAAAAUUUCAUAAUCUUAGAGGCUCAUUCACAACACAUGUACCGACUGUUUCUCUUACAAAAAGAUGACGAAUCAAAUUCAGUUGGUUUCGACCCAUGGUCGAUCAGCUAGAAGCCCGAGACCAUUUAGUUUACAAUUGAUGUCAAAAGCCACACAUGACCAGCAUCCUAUGGGGAUAAGAAAUGAUAUUAACCAAGGCUUUUCUAGCUAUCAUCGGACAUAAAUGAUGUUAAACCGUUGCAUACACUAUAAAAACUUUGAUCUUAGUUGUUCUACAAACUAUGAAACAAACUGUUCCGUAUGCUAUCCAGACAUUGAUCUUUGUUGGCUCAACAAACCAUAAUAAAGCUCAAUCGAUUUUGCCUAAAAUUAUCUUAACAUCUAAAUCCGUUCAAAUACGACAAAAUAUGAGUACAUACCUCCAGUAAGGCACGGAUUGCAAGCUUGAUGAUUUCUUCACCAGAAGUUUCUUUGUGAUUCUUCUCCAGAAACUCUCUGAUGGAAUUGGAGUUACUCCCAGUUUCAUUUUCUUCAAGAAGACUCAAUUCAUAACUGAUUUCAGAUAAGAGGGCAGAACAAAUUUGAUUAAAGAGAUAAAGAAGGGGUUUACCGGAAUGUCAUUUGGUAGAGUGGAGUUGCCACCAAGCAGCCAACUGGUACUUCCUGACACCGGAAUGGUUGCGCAAUGAUGAGUCGUCUUCAAAGUACACAAAACAAGUAAUAAUGAAUCGGGACUACAAUAACAUGACGGUAUGCAUGACUUGCUAAAGGAAGUUGUUUCGUAGGGGAAAAUGAUGGUCAAUUCACAUAAGCAUAUCAGUCCAUUCCAUCUAUGAUUAUGGAUUAAUAAAUGUGCAUAAUAUUGGGCCUAUGUGGGUAAAGUUAAAUGAUUAUGGAUUAAUCAAUGUGCAUAAUAUUGGGCCUAUGUGGGUAAAGUUAAGUCCAGUCUCCCAUACACAAUAAAUUUCCUACGUGUAC